GCCGAUCGCGCCGAGCGAGCGCGCCGAGCGCGCGGAGCCGCCCUCUCGGGUGAAGACGGAUGCCAGGCGUCUGAGAGGGAAGCUAUUGGAGAGGCUUCCGGUGCAAAAAUGCGUCCCCCUUGCGGCUCCAACUGCCCUCAGCUGUAGCAGACGCACAGUGUCCCAGGACCACAGCCGGGCCGGCCCGCGUCCAGGAACCCAGGGCCAUGGAGCUCUCCGACAGCGACCGCCCGGUCAGCUUCGGCUCCACGUCGUCGUCAGCCUCUUCCCGGGACAGCCACGGCUCCUUCGGCAGCAGAAUGACCUUGGUUUCUAACAGCCACUUGGGCCUGUUUCACCAGGAUAAGGAAACAGGAGCCAUCAAGCUGGAGCUGAUUCCCGCCAGGCCGUUCUGCAGCAGCGAGCCGCAGAGAGAGAGUCCCGCUUCCGGGCAGCAAACUGAGGACCAGGCUGGCUCGAGGCAGCCCCGGGCGCCGCGCAGGAUGGAAGCCAACGCGGCCGACAGAGCCAGCGCCGACUCGGGCGCCAGCCCCAAGCUCCUCUAUGUGGAUAGAGUUGUUCAGGAAAUUCUGGACACUGAAAGGACUUACGUGCAAGAUUUGAAAAGCAUCGUCGAGGAUUACCUUGACUGCAUACGGGACCAAGCAAAACUUCCUCUGGGGACAGAAGAAAGAUUAGCCCUUUUUGGAAACAUACAGGAUAUCUACCACUUCAAUAGUGAACUUCUGCAAGAUUUGGAAAACUGUGAAAACGAUCCUGUGGCCAUAGCAGAAUGUUUCGUGUCCAAGAGUGAAGCCUUCCACAUCUACACCCAGUAUUGCACCAACUACCCCAGGUCGGUGGCGGUGCUCACGGAGUGCAUGAGGAACAAGGUGCUGGCCAAGUUCUUCAGGGAACAGCAGGAAGCUCUGAAACACUCCCUGCCUCUAGGGUCCUAUCUCCUGAAGCCAGUUCAGCGGAUUCUCAAGUAUCAUCUCCUUCUGCAUGAAAUAGAAAAUCACCUUGACAAAGACACGGAAGGCUAUGAUGUGGUGCUUGAUGCGAUAGAUACCAUGCAGCGGGUCGCCUGGCACAUCAAUGACAUGAAGAGGAAACACGAGCACGCAGUCAGGUUACAGGAGAUACAGAGCUUGCUCACUAACUGGAAGGGACCAGACCUGACUAGCUAUGGGGAACUGGUACUGGAGGGAACCUUCCGCAUCCAGCGUGCCAAGAAUGAGCGGACCCUCUUCCUCUUUGACAAGCUGCUUCUCAUCACGAAGAAGAGAGAUGACACAUUUACAUACAAAGCUCACAUCCUGUGUGGCAACCUCAUGCUUGUGGAAGUGAUACCCAAGGAGCCUCUCAGCUUUAGUGUCUUCCACUAUAAGAACCCCAAGCUGCAGCACACAGUUCAGGCUAAAUCCCAGCAAGACAAACGCUUGUGGGUUCUGCACCUGAAGAGACUGAUCCUGGAGAAUCAUGCAGCGAAGAUUCCUGCCAAGGCCAAGCAAGCAAUACUUGAAAUGGAUGCUAUUCAUCACCCAGGCUUCUGUUACAGUCCAGAGGGAGACAGCAAAGCCUUCUGUGCCACCAAAGAUGGUUCUGCUCCAUAUCGGCUGAGAAGAAAAUCUGAUAAUUUCCAACCCUCAAACAAAAUCUUUUAUUUUUCAGAAACAACACAAGAUAUCCAAAAGGUUUCCCGGGAGGAAGGGUCUCCGCGUCUCACUUCAGCAGGGCCGUCUCCCGCCCAGAGGAAUAGUCAGCCAAACAGUUCUGCCAUCAUCAGCGUGCUUCGUGGGGGUGGGGCCGUCAGGAACAUCUGGACUGACCACCAGAUCCGGCAAGCCUUGUUCCCCAGCCGACGGUCCCCACAGGAGAACGAGGAUGAUGAAGAUGACUACCAGAUGUUCGUGCCAUCUUUCUCCUCAUCAGAUUUGAACUCCACCAGGCUGUGUGAAGAGAGCACCUCCAGUCGCCCCUGCAGCUGGCAUAUGGGCCAGAUCGAGUCCACAGACACUCCCAGCCCAGGCCACAGGGUUGUUCGGCGGGCCAGCAGUGCCGGUGAGAGCAACACGUGUGCCCCUGAGGUCAGAAUCAGGGACACUGAUGGCUCUCAGUACAGCCCCCCAAGGACACUGCACAGUGACCCCAAAACAGAAGGGCAGGAUGGAAUGACUCCCUUUGGGUCAUCCAUAGAGUUGACUAUCGAUGAUAUAGACCAUGUCUAUGAUAAUAUAAGUUAUGAGGACUUAAAACUAAUGGUUGCUAAGCGAGAGGCAGCUGAAUCCACCCCCCUCAAGUCCACCAGGGAGUCUGCUCGCCCCAAGAGCACCCCGGAAUUAGUAUUCUCUAAGAGGCAGGUUGGCUAUGACAAGAGCUCUCUGUACCCAAAAAGAGAUGGAACUCUGACAGGGCAAGAGGCAUCCAACCAAAGCACACAUGACCUUGAGGUGGUGGAGGAAAAUAUCUAUGACACGAUUGGGUUCCCAGAGGCCUCUGCUCUGGGUGAGCAGAGCAGCAGCCUGAAGCGGCCCAAGAGGAGCAGCUUCCUAGGUCUGGAGGCCGACUUUGCCUGCUGCGACAGCCUCAGGCCCUUCAUGUCCCAGGACAGCCUCCAGUUUAGUGAAGAUGAAACUCCUCACCACCAGGCAUCAGCUGAAAGUGAGUAUUUGAGUUUGCUGUAUAAGUCUCCCAGCUGCAACUUGUCCAUGACGGACAAGUCAAUAUCUGACAAACUCUCGGAGGAAGUAGACGAAAUCUGGAAUGACCUGGAGAAUUACAUCAAGAAAAAUGAAGACAAGGCCAGGGAGCGGCUCCUCGCAGCAUUUCCGGUCAGCCAAGACGACGUGCAGGGCCGGCUGCACCCCGCCAGCAUGCCCAAGCUGAGCAGGGACACGGCACAUGCGCUGUCUUCCCUCUCGCUGCCUGACAGCCCGGCCUUCCUCACACCACCAACAAACAGGCCUGGCAGAGCUAGCAGGUCCACCUGCCCCUUCAAAGAAGACUUGAUUUCUAAGGAAGACGCCUUCAUGAGCCUUCCCCGGCUCUCUCUGGCCAGUGACAUACCUCCCAUGGAGAACCCCUAUGACCUGGCCAACAGCAGCCUGUCCCAGGCAGACCUGGAAAACCCUGACUCCGGGGUGGAUGCCUCGGAUAAGACCAAGAGCAGGGUCUUCCUGAUGGCCAGGCAGUACAGUCAGAAGAUCAAGAAAGCCAACCAGCUUCUGAAAGUGAAAAGCCCAGAGCUGGAACAGCUGCCAGCCUCCCAGCAGCACAAAUCCAUGCACAAAGACCUGGCUGCCAUCUUAGAAGAAAAGAAGCAAGGAGGGCCAGCUAUCGGGGCCAGGAUCGCUGAGUACUCCCAACUGUAUGACCAGAUCGUGUUCAGAGAGACUCCCUUUAAAACGCCAAAGGAUGACUGGGCCACCUCGCAGGAACCUCGGGCUGUCUCUCAGGAACUUUCCAUGCUCAGGUCUUCCUCACCCUCCCAGGCCCAGCGUGGUAGCGAGGACUGGCUUUUGCAUUCAACCUACAGCAAUGGAGAGUUGGCAGAUUUCUGUCCCCGGCCUGAGCAAGACUCAAAGUCAAGAUACCCCACUUUUGAGAUCAAUAUAAAAAAUACUCCAAGACAGUUGUCCACAGCUUGCUCAGUGCCUUCUCUACAAACCUCUGAACCACUGCUGGGCCCCAUGCAGAGACACAGUGUGGUGGUCAGCCAGCCCCACAAAGACAGCUCAUGCCAGGGCCUUUACAACUCGUUGGGUCGGAAGGGAGUGAGCACGAACACUCAGCCUUACAACAGAUCCCAGUCCUCUUCCUCCAUCUUGAUCAACAAGUCUGUGGACUCCAUUAACUACCCCGGUGAAAUGGGGAAGAAACAGCCAUUCUCUCUCCAUGCCAGCUCUAGGUGUGACAGCCACCAGAACUUGCUGCCAGGCCUCACCGACUCGUGUCCACAGGGCUCUGAAAAGUGCUCGGACCUCACCCUCCAAGACUCACAGAAGGUUCUGGUGGUCAAUAGAAAUGUCCCCUUCAGUGCCCAAAUAGCUACACAGAACUACUUUUCCAAUUUCAAAGAAACUGACGGCGAUGAAGAGGACUAUGUGGAAAUCAAGUCAGAAGAGGAGGAGCCAGAGUUACAGAUCUCCCCCAGCUGUGCAAGGAAAUCUGACCCAAAGAUCAUGGACACCAACAGUCCACACACCCCAAAAAAGACAAUCAGCGGCAAACUUGGACUUCCGCCUUACCUGACCCCGUACAACGACUCUGACAAACUGAACGAUUAUCUCUGGAGGGGUCCCUCUCCCAGUCAGCAGAACAUCGUCCAGUCUCUAAGGGAGAAAUUUCAGUGUCUUAGCUCAAGCAGCUUUGCCUAGGAUUCUUCACUGUGGCUGUCUGACCGGACUUCUUAGCAUGCUUGUGAUGAGAGACCGGGGAGGUGUUUUCUGUGAACCAGAUGAAAACCUUGUCGUAACCACCAGAGGUGUAACAUACACUUUGUUUUAUAGCACAACUCUCUGAGAAGCCAGGAUUGUGCUGUAUGUAGCGAAGUCAGCCGAAGCUGACUUCUUGUCAUGUAAGUCAGUCUUACUUGAAAAUGUUCAGGCCUUUUUAAAAACACAGCGGAGGUAAUUCUUUCUCCCAUGUCCUGACAACAGCACCCAGACCUCUCCUGGGGUCUAAGGGCCAUGAGUAGUUUCAUCCUAGGGCCCAAAGGUAGCAAGGCCUUUUCUCCCAUGCCCAUGACUUAAAAAGGAAAAGGAAGCUGUUGGAUGAUGCUUCCGGCACGUUUAUUCCCCGUGAUCCUAGAGUCUCUUCAGCCAAUUGGAGUGUCGCCUCCAGGGCCAUAUUGGGGUUCUCUGCUGGUAUUCCUACACCCCUUCCUUAAAAUACAGACACUGCAGCUAUUGGAAAUAGAAUGUAGCAGGACCAGCUUUCUCUGAAAUCCUUUCCUGUAUUCCUGGACCAGACCUGGAGAAGGUGCUGCUCAUUGCGUUAAUUUUAUGGUUUCUGAGAUAAUAUAAAUGAUUCCCUUAGUGGCUUAGAGAGAACCAAGUGCAAGGAUAUGCAGAUCGACUUCACUGAUGGAAAAGAUGGGCUGACCCUGGGCACCUGUCUGCUCCUGGCGUGACCCGACGGGAAAGCCUCUCCUGCUGUUGGUGUGCUGUAUCUGAUCAGCUCGAAGCAGGCCACAAGCUAAAUUAAAACAGAGCUCUCUCCCUUUAUUUUUUCUAUGAUUUUCAUGUUUCUCCUAUGUAUGCUCGUGAGUGGAUACUCAGCCCUCUGACCCAGUUCCAGCUUGAAGGUUGCUCUGCUGCAGUGAAAUUUCUAAACGUGGGAGCCUCUGACUGUUUUGAGGCACAAGAAAGGACACCGUCGUGGGUUACUAAGCUCUGACAAGAGCAUCUCUUUUUUUGUUACAAUUAAGGUCUUCUCAGCGUGGUUCAUUGUGAUAUCAUGUACUGAUAAUAACUUUUUGGAAGAAACUGGAGAAAGCAAGACCUUGUGAGUAAAAACUGUUCAAAAAGCUCAAGAGGAAAACACAGUGAAUGCACUGUGUUGCCAGUUUUUGAAAGACUGUUUUAUUGAAGACUCCCGUCAGUGCAACAAAAUGUUUCCUUCAACAGUGGCUUAUGUGUUCUCGUGGUAAACCACUUUGCCUUCGGUGAUCCCUUCUCAGCCCUCAGUUUUCAUUUUUAAAAGUUACGAUAAUAUGUGUAGAGAAAGGGGGUUUGGCUUUCCACGUCAAGGUAAGCAGUGAGACUGACUUGAGUCAGUGGCUCCUUGUCAUUCUUCCCCCUGGCAAGUCCCCUCUCUAACCACGCAGCGAGGCCAUCCCUUCACAGAGAGGCAUUUUGCUUUUCAAAGAACAAAAAAACUCCAAGUUCCUUGCCAGGCCAUCCUUUCUUCUUUAGCUUGUAAAACAAUGUCCACGUUGGAUAGCAGGAUUCUGGACACAUUUCUUUCGUUGCCUUUCUUUGUGUGACGUGGGUUUGCAGAAAAGGGCAGCACACUGCCACGAACUCUGUAAGAUCAUUUGUACAACUUUCAGGACGUCCUGUCCCAGGAAGGCAGUGCUCCAUUUUCGCUUUUCCGUUUGUAGGACAAGGAUUCUGUCAGCUCUCUGUUACUGUCGUUCUUCCUCACAGAAGUUAUUCAUUCUUCACACCAGUGUCUUAUCACACAACUUUGAUAUCACCUCUAGUCACUGCACAAGGUGAAUAUUUUACUGUAUUUAAUGUCUGUGUUUUGUCUUUAGGUUCUAGAACAAAUCUGUAGUUUUAUAGAUCACUUCUGUGUGCCAGGUUGAAGAUUUUGAGAGCUGUGUGUAUAUGUAUAAAACCAUGUUCAUAGUCUGCCUCAAGAUUAUCAAUGAAGAGCUUUUGUUGAAACAUUUUCUUUUGGAGGUGGGGUAGGGGUGUAUAUAAUUAGGGGGGAGUUAUAUGUACUUAAAAGUAUGGCAGGUUCUUACUAGGUCUCUGUACUGAAUGUUCAGUUUUUUUUUUUGUUUUUUUUUUUAUAAGUUCACUUUUCACCUACUCUAUUCUUUGUGCAAAAUACCUGCAAAAUACUAGAAAACCAUAGUUUAAAUACUGUACAUAAGAUAAUGAAAGUUAGUAAUGCUCUUUAUUUAAUAAAGUUUGUAAAGUACAAAGCAAAUCACAGUGUGAAUCAAUGUGUUUGUUCUAGAAAGG